AUGGCUUAUAAUUGUGUCACCAACAAUGGAGCCAGAGUUUGUACGUGGACGACAUCUGAAUUCUCUACAACUACCAAAGAAUCGGCUACACUCAAUAAUACGGCAUUGGGGCUUCUGUUUUUCAUGAUUGUCGGUGGAAUAUGCGUUUGUUUGAGUAUCAUUGGUGCUGUUGUGGCUGUUGUGAUGAUGCGGAAUAGAACAACAUCUCAGCCGGUGAUUAUGCAAGGCGGUGCUGCUCCAACUCCGGUCAUCGUUCAGCAAGUUUAA